CCGGGAGGGCCGCAGGAGUCCGGCCGCCCGGCCCUCGGCAGGAAGGAUGAGCCCCCCGCGCCCCCGAUUCAUGGAAAUAUGUGUUACUUUAAUAUUGCCUUGGAAUUAAUGAAGUGGAAAUAUAGAUCAAAGCAAUUUGGAGAAAAUAGAAAACACAGUUUUAUUCAGCAGACUCUCUUGAGGAAGCAGGAAACAGCAGUAGAAGUUGGAGUAAUUAUCAAACUAUUGCAGGCAGAAUUUCACCAAACAGACGAGCUUAAAAUUUAUCGGGUAACAAGACCUAUUGCUCAGGGGGACAGUUCACAGGGAAGAUUAAAAACUGAACAAUGACUCAGCUAAGCAUUUACACCACAUUUUUGGGAGCCUAUCUGCUUGUCAUUUUUUAUGUUCGAGGACAGAAUCCAGAUAGUCGAUUCCUUCAUGGUACAGAAAUGAAGUCAGACCAAAAUCAAAAAAGGCAGGAAAAUGGAGUAACCUUAGCGCCAGAGGAUACUUUGCCUUUUUUGAAGUGCCACUGUUCAGGACAUUGCCCAGAUGAUGCUAUUAAUAACACAUGCAUAACCAAUGGUCAUUGCUUUGCCAUCAUAGAAGAAGAUGAUCAAGGAGAAACUACAUUAGCUUCAGGCUGUAUGAAGUAUGAAGGUUCAGAUUUUCAGUGCAAGGAUUCACCCAAAGCUCAGCUACGGAGGACAAUUGAAUGUUGCCGAACCAAUUUGUGUAACCAAUAUUUGCAGCCUACACUACCCCCUGUUGUUAUAGGUCCAUUUUUUGAUGGUAGUGUUCGUUGGCUGGCUGUCCUUGUUUCUAUGGCUGUGUGCAUAAUUGCUAUGAUCAUCUUCUUCAGCUGCUUUUGUUACAAGCAUUACUGCAAAAGAAUAGCAAGAAGCCAUUGCUACAAUCGGGACCUAGAACAAGAUGAAGCUUUUAUACCAGUUGGAGAGUCAUUGAAAGACCUUAUUGACCAGUCACAAAGUUCUGGCAGUGGAUCUGGACUUCCUUUGCUGGUUCAACGAACUAUCGCGAAGCAGAUUCAGAUGGUUCGACAGGUGGGAAAGGGUCGCUAUGGAGAGGUGUGGAUGGGGAAAUGGAGGGGUGAAAAGGUGGCGGUCAAAGUGUUCUUCACCACUGAAGAGGCCAGUUGGUUUCGGGAAACGGAGAUCUAUCAAACUGUUCUAAUGCGUCAUGAGAAUAUCCUCGGUUUUAUCGCGGCUGACAUCAAGGGCACAGGCUCUUGGACACAGUUGUACUUGAUCACCGACUACCACGAAAACGGAUCUCUGUACGACUUCCUGAAGUGUACCACCCUGGACACCAGGGCUCUCCUCAAAUUGGCAUAUUCAGCUGCUUGUGGUCUGUGCCAUCUCCACACAGAGAUCUAUGGUACCCAAGGAAAGCCUGCAAUUGCCCACCGAGACCUGAAGAGCAAAAAUAUCUUGAUCAAGAAAAAUGGGAGUUGUUGUAUUGCUGACUUGGGCCUUGCUGUGAAAUUUAACAGUGAUACAAACGAAGUUGAUGUCCCUUUGAACACCAGAGUAGGUACAAAGCGUUACAUGGCCCCAGAAGUGCUCGAUGAAAGCCUGAAUAAAAAUCACUUUCAGCCAUACAUCAUGGCCGACAUCUAUAGCUUUGGACUGAUCAUGUGGGAGAUGGCUCGUCGCUGUGUCACAGGAGGCAUUGCAGAAGAGUACCAAUUGCCUUACUACAACAUGGUGCCUCAUGAUCCUUCCUAUGAAGAUAUGCGUGAGGUUGUAUGUGUUAAGCGAUUGCGCCCCAUCGUGUCCAACCGAUGGAAUAGUGAUGAAUGUCUAAGAGCUAUCUUGAAGCUAAUGUCAGAAUGCUGGGCCCACAACCCUGCUUCAAGACUUACAGCAUUGAGAAUCAAGAAGACACUUGCCAAGAUGGUUGAGUCUCAAGAUGUAAAGAUUUGACAAUUCCAUAACACUCAGGAGCUGCAUUGGACUCCAAGAACUUUCUUCACCCAAGCAAAGGGUGGUGAUUGAAGUGGGAUGAGGAAAUUCAUGUGGUUCUUGGGACUUUUUCCUCACCACACCUUUACAGGCUGCUAACAUGAAACCUUUCAGUACUCUGUAGAAUAUGAUGCUGGGAACUUCUGUUCACUACAUGCUACAUUUAUGGACAGCCUUGUUUUAAACGUGUUUCUUUUUUGUUGGGGGGGAGGAGGGGUUAUGAGCGAUGUUGAAACUUCAGUCAUUGUUCAUGAGUCUCCAGUACAACUCUGGGUACUGAAUUGCAUGUUUAUAUUAUGGUGCUUUCUGUGAAAGCCUUAAGAAGAAAAUGAAUUCAACAGAGAUGGAGAAAUAUAAGCUUUUGCCUUCUACCUGAUAAAACUUAGUCUGUUCAUAUUAUUGCUUUUGUAAAACAGCCUGUAGAUUAUGAGUCAUUUUGGGAUACUACUCUGUUUUUAACAGUUUAUUGUCUGUGUUGUGUGUGUGCCAGGAUUCCUCUGCUGCCAUGUGGAUUAAGAGAAAAAAAUGAGGAAUGAAUGCCCAGGAAGGUGGGGGUGGUUAGUGCUUUGGGUCUUUGUCAUUGUUGCAAUAAGACUAGCCAGUCACAUAAAAGCCAUUUAGCUCAUAGGAGAAAUCAGCUUCUUUACCCAUACCUUUUCUGACCAGGAAAGUUGGUAUCGAUCGAAAAGCCAGAGAAGCUAAGACCAUGUUUCUGAACCUGAGCUUCAUUCCUCUUUUCUUUCUUUCUUUGUUUUGGCAAUUUUUACUCUGUUAUUGUGAAGAGCAUAAUAACUUUAGUUGGAACUCCCAAUGUGAUGACUGUGCUGAAGAACAAACUCACUUAUUGGGGUGAUUUUGAUAGCAGUUUAAGUGCCUACGCCCUUGUCCUGUACAGUUUGUUCUGGGUGACUUUGAAAAGGGGAAUGACGUGUCUCGUGCACAGUGUGCUUGAUUUGCAGGACAUCACUCUGCCCUUCACUUUGGGUGGUCAUGUUUGUCCACACACAUUCAUGCCAUAGAAGCCAGAUCACCCACGCCUCAUAGCCCAGGCCACAUGCACCUCAUAGCCCAGGCUUACACGGUAAAAAGAAAAAAACAACCGACACCCAGAGAUAGUUAGGAAGAACAUUUAUGCAUAUAAAUGUGGAUGGGUUUGUGAAAGGAAUGCAUUGAAAUUAGUAUCUUCUAACCUAGGCUUUGUUACAAUAUACUCACAAUAACAGCUUUCAAUAUAAUAAUUUCAUUUAAAUUCUUCCUUAUAAGAGAAAAUUCUAAUUGGAAAUUUAUUUUGCAGAACCUACGUGAACUUACCAACAACUACUAGCUAAGUUCUAGGCCAUCUUAGUCAUUAUUUGAAAUUUUGGGGAUUUUUAAAAAAAAAUAUUUUUUCCAUCGUUUAUAAAGCAGAUGCAAAAGGGUCAGGCAAAAAAAAAAAAAGAAAUAUCAGUGUUUUGCUUUACUAUCACAGUGUACAGAUUUUAUUUAACAAAGUGCUACAUAUUUUAUAGAAUCCUAGUUAUCUCAAGGGACAUUUCUGUUCUAUGAAGUCGUUACAGUUUUGUAAUGUCUUUUAAGUAUUAAUGUUAUAUUCUGGCAGAACAAUUCAUGGGCCCAUUAAGUUAGACUUCAACUUACUUUUGGAUGCAGCAUAAGACAAUAAAUGGGGUUGUGCUAUAGAAGUACUGAAGACAAAGGGCUGUAAUUUUUUAAAAUAAUAAUUUUUAGAGCAUUUUUUCCGUCCAUUGCCAAAACUUGACUGACAUUGAAGGUCGAAGCUAUUGAAUAUUUCCAAGCAGACCAGUUUUGCACAGUUAACUGGAAACUGCUUGGAAAGAUUUAACAUUUUUACAAUCUAAAAUAAAGCUUCUCUUUGUCAUGUUCUAAGGUUGAAGCAUUCUUUUUAAAAAAUUGAUUUCUGUGUCCCAUGGGCUUGUUCUUUCAAAAGAACAGUUUUUCCAUCUGUUUCUACAGAGGGACAUAGGUACUAUAAUGUAAAGUGCCAUGUGACUCAAGCUCCUUUGUUAGCUCUGACAUAUUUGUCUAAUUUGACCUUAAUUUUUUUUGGCCAUGACAAAAUUACAAACUCUCAAAGAAGUCAUUUGUUAUUAUUAAUAAAAACAGAGAAAAUAUGAAAAAUGCAACCUUUCUUCCCAGCAGUUUUUUUAAGAUCACAAAAUAUUUUCAGAAGCAGAAUAUUAGGCAUACUGCAUAAAUGUCAGAGUUGUGCUCAAGAAACUAGUAGUAGAAAACUGGUUUAAAAAUCAUAGCAUUCAGAAGAUCUCAGUAAGAAUAUUUGUAAGGAACAACAUGGUCUUGAAACAUAAAUGUCGCCUUAUUUGGAAACCCUUCUAUUCCUUUCUCCUCAUUCAAAAUUAUGUGUUUAUUCUGUGUGUGAAAUAUUUAAAAUACAGGGUGUCCCCAAAGUCGAAUUGCAGUUUCAAGCUACUUAAGCUAAAAAGCCUUCCUGUGGCUUGGAGGUGACCCUGGUGUUGGAUGCCAGUGCAGGUCUCACUGCCUGCAAAGGCUUUAAGGACUUCCCUGGGUUGGAGGAGGGGCCUGUCUCUGUAUAUGCUUCCUAAAGAUCAGCCUAUUCAGGUAACCCCGGGCAAGUCCCUCCUGAAGCUUAAAUCUGAGCUUAGACGUUGAUGUGAGACUGAGCAGAGGGGAGCAUGCCUGGUGCCCCUUAACUCUAAUGAAACAAGAUACGUUGUCUUGAAUCAGCUUUCCUUCUAAUUGAUAAAGGAAUUAGAUUAUUGGUAGAACUAAAGGUACAGUUGAACUUGAAAAUGAUUUUCAGUUUGUUUAUUAGAGACUUAUGAUACCUUCUUAUCAAACAAAUAUCAGAGGUAUGAGAACUAAAUUCAGUUUUUCUUAUAACUUUUCUGGAAUACCUUCCAGCGUGAGUUUUUAUUCCCCACCCACUGUGGUCUUUUAACAUCAAUAUUUAAGUAAAUUUUUUAAACUUUGAAAUGCCUGAAAAUAACAUUUAACCAAAUUGUGUCAGAUUUCUUAUUUACUAUAGCUAUAUUUAAUUUUUUUUUCUGUAUGCUAACUUUCCCUUUGGAAAUGAAAGCAACAAAAAUUUCAAAUAUUUACCUUGACAGUUUCCCUAGAAUCAAAGAGAAAGCCUUGUUUAGAAGUUUUUAUUCAUUCAUCAAACUUUUGUCUAACAUCUACAGUGUCUCAAGGUUCUGGAAGAAAUACGAAGUUCAGCUAAGGAGAUCUUUGCCUAUAAAGAAUUUAUAUUUUUUUCUAGGAUUGGUUCCCUAUUUUAAAUCACUGAUUUUUUUCUCAAAUAUAUUUAAAGUUGAGUUUUUUCUAAAUAGGUAAAGCAUUUUGGAUAGGAAAAAUGCCAUAUAAUUUUAAAAUGUCCUUUUGGAAUUAAAAGGAAGAGCUACAGUUAUUUAUUUUGGUCAGAUACUGACCGGGCAAUCUGUCAGCUUUCCCUCUUGCCUCACUGUUACGAGAAAUCAGAGAGAGCACUCCUUAGAGAAGUGGCAUGUUUUGUACUUACAGUGGAAUUAUGUAUGACAGGGCGGUACAGAGCCAACAUGGGGCACUUUGCCCAGGGAGGCCUAUAAGGAAAGUGCGGUUCGUGUUGCUUGAGUAAAGUAUACACUAUCAUCUCAUGGUGACUUUAAGCUCCUUCUCUUACACCAGAGGUGUCAAACUCAUGGCUGGCCUCAUGCUUCCAGCAAAACUCCCGUACAGCCUAACCAGAUUAAGAUGUCAUUGGGAAAUGUUUAACAAAUUAAAUAAAAGUACAAUGUAACAUAAUGUUAAUUUAUGGUUUUCUAAGUUAACAUUUGGCCUAUAGGGAUCUGUUUCUAUUAGAGUUUGACACCACUGCUAUACACUACCUUUUAAAAGCCCAUCCUAGUGACUGCCCUUGAAAUGCCCAUUUUAAAAUGGAAUUGUAGUAUAUUGUAUAAAAAGAAAAUAACAUUAUACCUUACUUAGAGAAAAUGUAAAUAGAAAAUGAAAUAAAAUAAACAGUUUGAUUAAAUUCUCACUUAGAUACCAGAAGUGUAGAUUACGCUUUUAAAUGGUAAUACACUAAAUGUAUUUUGUACAGCAUCUGGUUUAAAAGGUGCCUUAUUAAGUUUACCAUGAAUUGCUUUGUUCUGUACACAGAUUAUGUCCAAUGUAUCAUUUUUAAGUAA